UUAAAACGUAAGUAAGGACAAUAAAGGAAAUUUGAAAUGUACCAUGUGAAGAGCACAUUUUUCAUUUCAUAAAAUAUGUCAUGUUGCAGGGAAAGCAGCUGUUCCGGUUUCUGAGGCUCACGAUGAUGAUGAUGGUGAUUGGGAAGGUAAAAGAAUUUGCUCUGCCCCAGAUGAAACUCCGCACUCCAGCCGCCGUAAGUACUCAAUAUUUCUUGCAAAAUGGAGAAUCAGAAAGGGAAUCUCCCUUUUCAUAAUUCUUGGAAAAAUUGCAGGAUCACCAAUUUCAACUGGAGCCCGCCAAAGGGAAGCACCUCCAGAAAGAAUGACCAUGCAGAAAAUUGCUUGGCUAAAGGGACUCAAUCCAAAGGCGGUUUCUCCUGAAACAAAACUGGCGUUAAAAACUGCACAAGAGUACCAGCAAAAGGCAAGGAUAUACAAGUACAUGCUGACGCUAUCUCGAAGAAAAAAUGGGACCCUAAGAAGAUUUGCAAAGAAGAAAACCAUUCUUGAAAUUGAACAAAUGCUGAUAUCUCCUGGAGCUAAACAAAUCCUUGAAGCUGAGCUUCGAAAUUUCAAAAAGAAGCCCAAAGGAAGAAGAUGGACACACAAGGACAAGACAUUUGCUGCAUCAAUUUUUAAACGAAGUCCUAGAACAUACAGAUGGCUUGCCAGAUAUUUAACAUUGCCUUCUGAGAGUACCCUAAGAAUAUUUAUUGCAAAGGGUGUUCCAUACGAGUGCGGAGUCUCUGAAGCGUCCUUGAGGCAUAUUGAAAGACUUUGUAAAAAAUUGAGCCGCAAGGAUCGCUGCUGCAGCGUAGCCUUUGAUGAAGUGGCCCUUGAGGCAGGAGUCUAUUUUUGUAGAGUCACCAAAAAAUUAUGUGGGCUGGAAGACUAUGGAAGCCAUGGGAAGACAACAGGACUUGCGGACAAGGCUCUUGUUUUUAUGGCCCAAGGGCUUCACAAAAAGUGGAAGCUUCCAGUCGCAUACUAUUUAGUAAAAGGUCAGACACCGACAAACGUUCUGGCUAGGCUUGUUAAGGAUGUUGUUGCGGCCCUUAUGAAAAUUGGACUUAAAGUUCUGGCUACAGUGUCUGACAUGGGAUCUAAUAACAGAGCUGCUGUAAACAAAUUAAGGUCAAACUGUGAGGAGGGAGAGUACGAACCUGCUUACAAAGUUGAUGGUCAACUGAUUGUUCAUGUGUGGGAUGUUCCCCACAUAGCAAAAAAUGUCAGAAACAAUUUCAUGAGGAGCAAUGUUAUUUUCAGCUCCAUGCAUGAAGCAGCCAAAUAUGAUCAUCUGAUAGCAUACAAGAAAUACGAUGAAAAUGACCUCUGCCGAACUUCUGGGCUGACGAAUGAAGUAUUGUUUCCCAAGGGCAGGGGAAAGAUGAAAGUGACCACAGCUGUCAAACUCAUGAGUUCCACAACGGCAUCAGGAAUGGCCUCGGUCAUUUUGGCAUCUGAGGGUCGAAAACUUGUAGAAUGUGUGCCCACCAUCCUCUUUCUUAGAGAUGUAGACUUUUUUGUUGAUAUUACGAAUGGCCCUGGAGCAAAUGACAAAAAAAAACCUCAAAGAUGCAACGUAUCAAAGGAGUCACUUCAUCAUGAAGAGUGGAGGAAGAUGGCAGCAAAAUUAAAAGACUGGAAAUUUGUAUGGAAAAAAGGGGCAAGAAAGGGAAAACAACACGUACCACCAUCUAUCUCCGGCUGGAUAGAAGAUAUAAAAGCCUUUCAGAGGCUGUGGAGUACGGUAGAAAAGUUGGGAUUCAAAUAUCUAAAUUUGAGACAGUUAAACCAAGACUGUCUUGAAAAUUUUUUUUCCACUAUAAGACAAAAUAAUGGAUGUAAUAAGAAUCCCACAUGUCAGCAAUUCCAGUCGGCUUGCAGGACAGCCAUUGCUAAUAAGCUCACUUCAUCAGGAUCUAGGCACAAAAACUGCCUUGAUGAUGAGGCAUUUCUGUUACCAGAGACAGGAGAGCCAGAAGCUGAGCCAACUGUGGUGGAUAUUGAGCCGCCAUCAGAUCCCAUUCUGGUAAGGGGGGAAGACAACAGUUUCCCUGAAUACAAAAUUAUAGGCUGCAAGACCAAACGUCAAGCACCUGCUUAUAUUUGUGGUUACUUUGCAAGAAAAAUUUUGAGAACGAAAGAGUGCAAAAAUUGCAGACUGUGUGAAAAUUACUUGACAACAGAUGAGAAAAAUAGUGACCAUGUACUCACCUCAGCAAGAGAGUUCAAGAAGUAUCGCAGAUCAAACAAUAACAAAAGAGAAGAAUUUAGAGAAGCCCUUGCCAUGUAUAGCAAUGAUGAUGGUUCCAAAGCUUUAAAGUAUGCAUCUCCACAGUUGGUCAAAACAUUUUUAAACAUUCAGGGACAAUUUGUGCAUGGGAUAAACAAGCAAAUACAUCUGGACCCUUAUAAAUGGACCGAAGAAAUCUGCAAUCAAACCAUUCAAAGUGAAGAAUUAUGUCCAAUUCAUGAUCUCAAAAAACAAUUAGUGACUACAAUAGCAACAUUUUUGAUGAAGACUCACUGCUUGAGGAUUAACCAACUGAUAAGAGACAAGAGACGACAAAAAGCGUUCAUCAACAGAAGGCGUCACCAAGAGAAACAGCAAAAAAAGGGGAAGAGGAACUGGUCAGUUAAUGUAUCAGUUGUUUCUGAUAAUGUUACUGCUGAGGAGUACAUGGACAGUUCUGAUUCUGAUGAUGACAUGAUAGAUGAUCCAGAAAGCAUUGACAACCUACAAGACCAGAGCAACUCACCUAACCCAUCGGUUCAAGAGAGCAAUAACAGUGUUGUUUCUUUGGACCAAAUGAACAUAUCAGAACACAACAGAGUCAUUAUGGAUAUACCUCAUCAAAUCAUACCAGAGAACAACGGUCUAAUUGUUCUGGAUACACUUCAACAAAUUUCCAUACCAGAGGACAACAAUACUUUCGUUCUAACUGAAGAGUUCUCACUUCUAGAUGAACUUGAAUUGAACACUCCUGAAGAAAACAUUUUCCUUGGAGCUCCAGUUACUGUUGCAGGGCCAUCAACGAUACCUGCUAAUCCACCCAAUGAUCCACCACCAUCUGCGCCAGAUCCUAAAACCAAUGAAAGGUUAUCAUAUGAAUUUGUCGAAAAUUUGGUGAAGAUGGGCCAGGUCAUGAACUUGAAAGUGCCCGAAAUGAAACAGUUCUUAAAAGGAAAAUACAAAAAUUUGUCUACAUUGAAGAAAGCUGAGCUCGCUCAGCUCAUCAUAAAACAUAUCAACCCUGGAUAACUUAAAGGACAAGAGCUCUCCAAUUCUCACACUUCUUCAUAUUUGUUUGCAGCUCGUUUGUUUGAAGCUAAUAAUAAUAAUGUCUUUCCAGACUUGAUGACAUUCAACUUCUGUGUUAUUUUCUUCAUUUUCCUUCGUAUUCCGCUGAUAAAAGCUUGCUUUAACCAAUUUUUUGAUAGAAACGUAAAGAAAAUGACGCGUUAGCGAUUUGUAACACACGCCAUACUUCAGUACCAACGGACGA